GUGUGUGUGUUUGUGUGUGUGUGUGUGUGUGUGUGUGUGUGUGUGUGUGUGUGUGUGUGUGUGUGUGUGUGUGUGUGUGUGUGUGUGUGUGUGUGUGUGUGUGUGUAUGAGAGAGGAGCUCUAUAAAAAGCCUUGCAGCACAAUGAUCAGCAGUGAAAGGCUGUAAGUCAGAGCACUGAUGACCCUGCUCGUCCAACCCGGGGCGGACAAGAUGUGGUUUGAUCGUAAUCCUGUGCUGUUCCUUGCUGUUCUUGUUUUGGCUCUGGUCCCGGCUGGCCGGUGUCAGGAGGAUGAGAGCCGUCGCUCGGUGACCGAACACCAGCUCCUGCACGACCGCGGCCGCAGCAUCCAGAGCCUCAGGAGACUGAUCUGGCUGUCCAGCGCCAUGGAGGGCCUCCACACCGCCCAGCCCCGCUCCGCCCCGCUCAUCCCCCCCAAGGCCCUCCGGUUGGGCCUGGGUCCAGGGCUGGGGGCCCGCUUAGGGGGAAGCCCCCAGUCUGUUGGGUCAAACGGCCAGUACAGAGCAGCCAGGGACAACCUGCUCAGAGACGUUUUUAAUCCCUACCUGAUGCCACUGCCAGAGAGAGAGCCAUAG